AUGCCCGCCCUCUCGCCGACCAUGACGGAGGGCAACAUCGCCAGCUGGAAGGUUAAGGAGGGCGAGUCCUUCUCGGCCGGCGAUGUGCUCCUCGAGAUCGAGACCGAUAAGGCCACCAUGGACGUCGAGGCCCAGGACGACGGCGUCAUGUUCAAGAUCUUCACCCGCGACGGUGCCAAAGCCGUCCAGGUCGGCACCCGCAUUGCCGUCCUCGCCGAGUCCGGCGACGACAUCUCCUCCCUUGAGGUCCCCGCCGACGAGCAAGCCUCCGCCUCCUCCAGCAAGCCUGCCGACAAGGAAGCCCCCAAGAGCGACACCGCCGACCGCCGCGAGGCGCCCCAGGGCGAGGCCCGCGCCCAGCAGCAGGGCGGCGCCCCCAAGACCUCGGGCGGGAAGGCCCGCGAGCAAAGAUAUCCCCUCCUCCCCUCCGUCCAGUCCCUCGUCAACGAGCACGGCCUCGACAAGGACACCGUCAGCAGGAUCGAGCCCACGGGCCCCAACGGCCGCCUGCUCAAGGGCGACGUCCUCGCCUACCUGGGUUCCAUCAACGUCGAGACCCCGAGCAAGAUCAUGGCCCGCGUCGUCAAGAUGUCCAAGCUCGACCUCACCAACAUCAAGGUCGCCGCCCCCAAGAAGGCCGCGCCCGAGAAGGCCGCCGGUAACAAGGCCGCCGCGGAAGCCCCCGCCGCCCCUGCCAACGCCCAGGUUGCCCUCCCCGUCUCCCUGUCCAAGGUCCUCGCCACCCAGGAGCGCAUCCAGUCGACCCUCGGCGUCUUCAUGCCCGUCUCCACCUUCGUCGCCCGCGCCGCCGAGGUAGCCAACGAUGACCUGCCCCCCUCUGCCCGCAAGCCCACCGCCGACGAGCUCUUCAACCAGGUCCUCGGUCUUGACAAGCUCGCGCCCCGCGGCUCCCGUGGCCACUACCUGCCUCAGAUCUCCGCCCUGCCCCAGGCUUCCCUCCUGUCGCCCCGCCCCGCCGCCGCGCGGUCAUCCCCCUCCGACAUCAUCGACAUCCUCGCCGCGCCCGCCAAGAAGGCCGCCGCACCCAAGACCGCCGCCCCCCGCCAAGCCCCCGGCAUCUCGUCCGCUGGCAACCUCUUCACACUCACGGUGCCCAAGGGCGACGAGAAGCGCGCCAAGGUGUUCCUGGAGAGAGUUAAGCUGAUCCUGGAGGAGGAGCCUGGCAGGCUCGUCCUGUGA